AUGUCAGACGUUGAGAUGAACGCUGAGUUCGAGGACUUCGAGGAAGACUCUGAUGUUCCUUCCGACGUGGACUGGUCAGACAACGACGACCCAGCCGAUGGUCCUAAAUACACCAACCCUAGGGGAACGAUUGUAUGGCCGGAAUCCGAAGCAAAGACCAUACCCAUCUUAGGAGACGAUCACAUGAAGUCUGGCGAGUCUUUCGGAGGUCUCCAACUACAUGUGCUGUCAAAAAGCCGGCGAUAUGAAAACACCUGGAGGCGACCACACCGCAUGUUCAAGAAUUCGAAGGAGAUCAAGCUCCGUAUCCCUAUCCGGACCCAACCCUACAUGACCAACGAAUCUGACAUUCUUGUGACCGAGGGAGAAUCGUCAUAUAUCUCAGUGUGGGCUGGCCUUAAAAUCCCGUCCGGGUUGAACUUCCCAAGCAGCGUUGUCUCGGCUAAUGGAAUAGCGGUAGCCGAUCCAAUGGCGUUUACAUGGAAGCCAGCGGAAGACCUGCCUUGGUGGAUGACUGCAUGGGAGAUCAAAAACGCCAUGGGUUUCAUGCGAAUGACCACAUACUUCAACAUGCUACCCGAGUAUGAGAAGGACCAGUCUGUGUCUUUGACCUGCCCGGGGACAGGCAAUUAUGCAUUCCAUAUUCUCAUCAUCAUUCCCAAGUCAGCAACGCAGCUUCGAAAGAAAUUCAGCAGUUCACUAGGGCUAGGAGGUUAUCUCCAACGCGAUGGGAAGAGAUACUGCUUCAACGGGUAUUUUGUCGGCAUGCUGAACACAAACUUCCUACAGGAAUGUGCGGUUCACAUCCAGAUCCCGGUUAUUAUCCCACGUGAGAUUUUUCAGCUGGAUGGGCAGGGAGGAAGUACUGGUAUGUUUGGUUCUGCGAACCUCUCCCCUUCGAAGCCAAAGAUGCCCCAGACACCAACCAAGAACGGUCAACCUUCAUCUUCGAAUGGCCUCCCAGCAUCUCCUACCCCGGCAGACAACAAGAACGCCAAGAUCAAGGCACAAAUGAAGAAACGACUUCAGGCCGGUGCACCUUCUAAGAGAAACACGCAGUCGUCUUCAGGUCCCAGCACGCAGGACACGGUCGGCGGCAACGAAGGUGGUUCCUCAGGCACAGCUCUAGCGGCAGUCAACCCGGGUACCGGAUCUACGGACGAAGUUCCUCAAGUCACAGGUGCUGGCUUUGAUGGUGCAGGAACAGGUCCACCUGCGGAAUCCACAGGUGUGGCGCCGGCGGCGUCAGAGGACCAUGCUGCUCCGAGCACUGCGAAGGACAAGGGUAAAGGGAAGGCUGUCGCAGAUGACGAGAGACUUGGCGACGCAGUAGGGGCUAACUCCACCCAGGGUGGACGGAAGAAAGGGAGGAGGAACUGA